AUGUCCAAACGCGCUGCAUCAGAUGAUGACACGCCUUCCGCAAAGCGCAUGAGAACCGAUGAAGGGAGUCAGACAGCACCUCUGAACGAUGAACAUGCCUGGAGAAUUAUGGAGGACUUCCUCACUACUGACAUGACAUAUCCUAAGAUGGAGGAAGUUUUUCUAUCGUACCUGGGAGAUCGAUAUGCUGAAGACGAAUGGAAGGAAGCCCGAGAUGCGUUAUUCUCCGGCGACGGUGACGACAAUAUCGCCUUAGAAAACCUUCGCGCCAUAAAGGCGAAGCACAUAUCUCUGGCCUCUUGUGCGCCCAAAGAUCAUCCUGUCACGGACAGGCAAUUGUCCCAGGCGCGCGUUCGACCUACGCGCAGACCAGCCAAAUCAAAAAAUCCCUAUCUCGAUUUGUACGCAGGAGAAGAUAAUGAGGAGGAGGAGGAGGAGGAGGAGGAGGAGGAGGAUAGCGCCGACGAGAGUCGCUCCAAAUCGCGGAGAAAUGUCACAGACUUCAUUGCUCAACACCUUCGGAAGAAGAACUUCCGCGUCACAGUGUCGGCUUGGCUAGCAGGUCAGAUUUACGUGGUGGCGGACAGUUCUAAGACCAUCGCCGAUGCCCUUCCUUUCUCACUUUACCUCGCCGUAAAAAAAUAUGUCAUUGUAUCGGAUGAGGAACGUCAAGUGGUCGAGCAGUCCUGUAGAAAACUCCCCAACCCAGUGUGGGUGAGAUUCAAGCACGACAAGUACAAGGGCGACAUAGCCCAAGUCUUCGAUUCAAACUUACCGAACGAUAUGGUCGCAGUCUUGGUUCCCCCACGAGAGUUUCCCUAUCCCAUGCCUCGGGGAUCUCGCUCACUACUCAACCGAUCUCACCUUCCGAAUGGGGACGCGGUCUCCAACAUCAAUCGCGGUGAGGAAGUCAUAGGAUGGACAUACAAGGGAGAGAAAUAUUACAUGGGCCUCCUACUCAAGACUGUUCACUGUGAUCGCCUAGAACUUGUCGUUUGUCCUCAUGCCGAUGACAUUCAGCUCCACCUACAAUCUGGGUGGGGCCAACCCUUCCUCAAGAAAACUGUGGUUAUGUUCUCUAUGCAGUUCUUGCGCACAGGCGACUGGGUUAGAAUUGUCAGAGGAGACCUCAGUUCAGAGACCGGUCAAGUCAUCUCGACAGAUCAUCCUGCUAAUUCAGCUACCUUGGAGUUGACCUUGAGUGGUCGCCGAAAGGAAGUCGACAUCCGAUUAGAUGACAUAGAUCGCGUUUUUCGGGUUGGCGAUACAGUUCAAGUGAUAGCAGGUCCAUACUUGGGCGUGGAAGGGCACAUUAUUCAGAUGACGGAUGAUACAUUUCGCCUUUGUCAGCACGCCUCGAAGGAAGAGUUAGAAGUUUCCAAAUACUACCUAGAUCGUCGCCCGCUUAGUCACACCCUGCAAGCACGGCUGCCAACUCAGCAAUUUUUCAAGCCCCCCCCUGAUAUUGACGCCAUUCAAAUUGGUGACUCCGUAAAUGUGCUUGUUGGGGAGCACAUGGGGAAAUCUGGCGUCGUGCGCUGGCUCUCCAAAGGAGGGAACUAUUUGUGGUUCCAGGAUGGAUCGCUGAUUAUUCCAGUUCCCAUUGUAGCUGCUCAGCGAAUCCCCAACCUCCAAACUCUGCAGUUUACGCAAGACAGAGGUUAUGAUGUCAGGCCUGGAGAUGUUGUGAGAGUCGCCCGUGGUCCAGAGUAUACGACAAAAGGCGUCGUUCGAAGGGUUGACUUUAUAAACGCUCACUUAACCCUACUCUCUGAGAUUGAUCACUCACUAGUCGAUGUGCCCAUCGGAUUCGUGAUCAAAUUACAACAUGCCAGCUUAGAUUCCUUCAAAAAAGACAUCGGGCAAGAAGUUUUCAUUAUUGGCGGUGACCGCAAGGGCUACCGAGCCACGCUGUACAGUUUCUCAUCUGAGACUUGCACCGUUGCCAUCCAUGGGCAGCAGCGCACCACGAUUCAACUCAAGGAUGUUGUUACUAGGUAUGGAAUGAGGUUGAACGGCAUCAUGCUCGAAGGAACCGAGAUGUUAUCUUUCUGCGAGAUACGCAGAAAAUCGUACUUGGCCCCACCACCUCGAAGUGUCACCCCUCCUCCUAAAAAGAUCCAUUCCAGCUCGUCAGCUUCCACCAUAGACAAGGCAUCAUCCGCGUGGACCACCUGGACCAGCAGCUCUGAGGAUAUUGUCACGGCAGGCAACCCUUCUAGCCUCAGUCCCUCACAGGCUGCUGUGCCCGACCCCUGGAGUGUCAAUAUCAACGACGUGCUGGAUGGCACCGAUGGAGGAGAGAAACCGAAAGAGACCCUGCUAGCUUGGCUGAUGAACAAGGAAUUUUCCUACACAUUCACAACCUAUCACACAAUGUUGAAAGUCUCGCCCUCUUUCAUGCGAGGCAGGCUACACAAUCGAUUCGUGUCAACAGCUUGUCCUGACCCCUUCCUCGGCCUUAACGGACCAGCCCCCGAGGGUUGUGUUGCGGUAUUCUGCUCAUCGAAUGGUGCAGGUGCUGCAAUCCAGCACUAUCAUAUACCUGCUACAGAUCUUAGCCCAGCCCCCCCACGCAAAAAGAACCAACAAUGUAUUGUUCUAGAUGGCAUUUAUCGCGGUUCUGUUUGCAAUGUAGCUAAGUGUCACCUCAAGAAGAACACAGCUGAUAUUGCAAUUUCUCCUUCAACCGUUGUCAAUAUGCGGUUUGAUCAAAUUUGUCUUGUAGAACAGUCACGUCUUACCAUGCACCUUACUAGAUGA